AUGGAAGAUAUGCUAAAACAAUUAGUAGCUUCCAAUAUACAAACUCAAGUACUUCUUCAAGGCGCUCAUGUGUCCCUGAAAAAUUUAGAGAACACCAUGGGUCAAAUUGCCACUUCAUUAAGUAAAAGUAAGUUACAGAAUCAAGGAAAAUUACAUUCACAGCCUGUUCAAAACCCAAGGGAAAAUGCUAAUGCCAUCACAUUAAGAGAUGGCAAGACUUACGAUCCACCCACUAUCCCAUCAAGUUCAAAUGAUGCACCAUUACCUCCUACCCAAUCCACCCAACAAGACAAAGAUGAAACCCCAACCACAUCACCCAAACCUAAACCCACUAUUCCCACUUAUGUUACUACUCCUCUAUUUCCUAGUCGUUUGAGAAAGACAAAGAAACAUGAAGCUGAAAAAGAAAUACUGGAGACUUUUCACAAGGUUGAGGUAAACAUUCCCUUACUUGAUUCCAUUAAGAAAGCACCUCGAUAUGCAAAGUUUUUAAAGGAGUUGUGCACCAAUAAGAGGAAACUAAAAGGGAAUGAAAAGGUGAGUGUGGGGGAAAAUGUUUCGGCGGUUCUUCAAAAGAAACUUCCACCAAAGUGUAAGGAUCCUAACACCUUCACUAUUCCUUGCACUAUUGGAAAUAAAAGGAUUGAAAGAUACUUUUACAUUCUUGAUAUGGAAGAUGACUCAAUUCCAUGUUUUACACCAGUAUUAUUGGGAAGGCCAUUCUUAAAGACAGCUAGAACUAAGAUAUAUGUUCAUGAGGGAACUUUGACCAUGGAGUUUGAUGGUGAGGAACCAAUAGACUUGAAGAAAGACGAUGUCACUAUUGAAGUGAAUGAGACAGUGGCUGCGCUUAAUAGUGGUGGAGAGGUUUCUAAAGAGGUGUUGUGCUUAGAGUUGCCUGUUUCUCAUGAGCAACUUCAACCAUCUGUUAAAUCACCACCCAAGAUUGAAUUAAAACUACUACCGAAACAUCUCAAAUAUGUCUACUUGGGUGAGAAAGAGACAUUGCCAAUUAUUAUCACCACAAAACUUACCCAAGUACAAGAGGAUCAUUUGAUAAGGGUACUUGGGGAAUACAAAACAUCCAUAGGGUGGACCAUAGCAGAUAUCAAGGGAAUAAGCCCAACUAUGUGCAUGAACAAUAUUCUCCUUGAAGAUGGAUCCAAGCCUUCUAGAGAAGCUCAAAGAAGGUUAAAUCCACCUAUGAUGAAGGUAGUAAAAAAGGAGAUACUGAAGCUUUUAAGUGUGGGUGUGAUUUACCCUAUUUCAGAUAGAAAGUGGGCAAGUCCAGUUCAAGUAGUUCCUAAGAAAUCAGGCAUCACUGUGGUAAAGAAUAAUGAGGAUGAGUUAGUGCCCACAAGAGUCCAAACAGGUUAUAAUCAGAUUAUUAUUGCUCCUGAAGACCAAGAGAAGACCAAAUUUACAUGCCCAUUUGGCACAUUUCCUUUUCAUAGAAUGCCAUUUGGGUUGUGUAAUGCUCUCGCUAUUUUUCAAGGAUGUAUGGAAUCCUUGACAUCAACACCUAUUAUUCAGCCACCGAAAUGGGAGUUACCAUUUGAAAUAAUGUGUGACACUAGUGACUAUGUGGUAGGAGCAGUCCUUGGGCAAAUAGUUGGUAAGGUCUCUCAUGUUAUAUACUAUGCCUCUCGAAUUCUUAAUGAUGCUCAGUUGAAUUACUCUACUAUGGAGAAAGAGCUUUUAGCGGUCAUCUUUGCUCUAGAAAAGUUUUGGUCUUACUUGAUUGGAACUAAAGUUAUUGUUUACACUGACCAUGUAGCUCUUAAAUAUUUACUAGCUCAGAAAGAAGCGAAGCCCAGAAUUAUUCGGGUAAAGCAGAUAAUUCUAAAAUAG